UCGGAAGCAAAUGUUUUAAUAUUAUUUUUCCUGCCAAUUACCUGCGAUAAUUCCUGCGAUAAUGUACAAACAUGAAUAUCAGGGAGGAAGCCACGUCGAGGUAUUCAGUGCGCAGGGAAAAGACCCUGUCUUGAAAUGGAAGCUGACAGGCGGGGCUGGCAUCAGAAAGAUCUAUGACAGGGACACGAAAGGGUAUGUGUAUUCGCUGGAAGGAACUAGUACAACAACAAGGAUGCAAUGUCCCAAGGAUGCGAAACAGACAUUGAUGCUGAUGCAAAGGUAUCUGGUGAUGCAGAUGUUCAUACCACUGGGACAGGACUUCUCUGUGGAGAUUGGAACAUGUGACUUAUCGAACGUCAAGCGAAGAAUUCUCCUCUCCACAACUCUGAGAGACAUCCAGUCUACUCCUCUACAUGCUAGACUCCCACUAACCAUCGUGCGCAGAGCUGUGUGGAUAAAUCUUGCCAUCGAUAUGAAUUCGGUUGUUGGCGACGUAUUGAAGCGACAGUCAUGCAAGCACAUUGAAAACCUGACCGUCUGUGCAAACUGCAAGCUGAGAAGGAUCUACACAAUGAAGUCGCAGCCCCUCGACACAACUCUUGCUAACAGUGUCACGAGUACGUACGGUAUUAAUGAAGGAGAGGUAGACACCAUACACAAGAACUACAAUCUACCUGCAGACAUACCUCAGUGUACACAGGUGCUUACAAUAGAGAGACUGCGAAGUGUGGAACUGUCAUUAUCGAAUUCCGGCACACCGAGAAGUGACAGGAAAGCACCCUCUAUCUCAUCCGAAGAAUCUGAUUUCAGUAGUAAUCGUGGACUGCUACCCAGGAGAAACAGUAAGGAAGAGAAAUCUCCUCACAUUGCAUUCGGCUCUAAGUUCACUGCUCCUGAGGUCAUACCACCGAAAAGGAAAGCGCUGUCGGCGCCCGUGAGAAAUGUGUCGCAGCGAGGAGGCUCCGCCGGCAGGACGAGACUCGCACCUCUCCGAGCUUUUCCUAAUCCACCGAGUUCCUCUAACGGCGCAACAGCCGUGCCAAAGCCACCCACUGAGAGGCAGCAACAUCCAACUUCUGCUGAGAUCCGUAAACGACGCUUCCGUGUUGGCAGCGCUGGUAGCGGUAGCGGUAGCGGUAUCGGUGGCGCCGGUCACAACCUUCCUGCAGUGCCAGGCGUACCAAAGGCACAGAGUGAGGGAAACAUUGCCAAAGAAAAGAAGAGGACGUCUAAGCCAAGACUAACAGAGCAACACUUACCUAGUAACGUAAUGACAAACAGUAAAGGCGAGCAAGCAGCGUCAGCAGCCAAUGAAGCGGACGAGUCUCUCUGUGAUGUCAUCAACAUUCUAGCCAAUCAUGCCGCAUCGCUGCGGCUGCCAAGCAGUGACGAUCCCGAACAACUGGAAUACCAUGACUCUGAGGAUGAAGCAGCUGUUGGAAGAGCUUCACCAAGAACCAAGCCACAGCUAGAGUCUGACUUUUCGCUCGACGGAGACAGUGAAGAUGAGGGGAACAUCGCGGGAAGACAGGUGGAUACUGCCCGACGCCACACAGGCAGCGCGCACAGAGUGAGUCCUCGCGUGCCGUCUCAUCCAGCAAACCGCGCGAGCGAUCGUGCGAUAGGAGCCGACCUGCAGGCAGCAGCAGCAGCAGCAGCAAGAGUAGACCGGAAUCACAACCUGCGUCGUCGCGGCGACGUCGUCAGCGCGCCGAGUCGACGUCCGCUCACGGCUGACAGCCCUGACCUAGAGCGACGAGACGCUGGCAGCGGCGCUUCGCAGACGGACGAUCGCCGCAAAGGUGCCGCCGAUGCGUUAGGGGGUGACGGCGCCGGCGAAGCUGCGCGUGGGGGCGCCACAAGCUCAAGCUGUGGCUUAUCGUCAGAGCGUGCGUCUGCUGCCGUACCGAAGCGAAGCAGCGUCAGUAGGCUGGCCCUGCAUGAGCUCUCCAACCACGAUGUAAAGAUGUCCAUGGAGAGAGUAGGAAGAGGCGGUCGACAGGAGCGGCGGGCCGGGAGAACGGAAGAUGAGAAGCCAUACGAUCACAGCAAGUAUGAGAUGGACGACCUGACAGCAUCCUACGAAGCUCACAUGCUGAAGCUGCUGCAGACUGAACAGCUGGAAGAGCAGAAUGAGGCUGAGACUCGGCGAGCCGAAGAUUACGACGAGCACAGUGGCGCCACCCAUACUCUGUUUGAGGAUUCGAUGGGCAGCUCUAGCGGUGCUGGCGACACGCUGAACGCCGUUUCCGUGUCGACAAUGCUGCAGCAGCAGGAGCAGGAGGAGAUGCUCGACCUUCUGUACGACCCGACCUUGAACUGUUACUUUGACCCGAACACGUGCAAGUAUUACGAGCUGGCGUGA